AUGGCCUCGCCUCCAAAUCCGCUGGGCGUCAGCCCAGGAGGCGAUGGUGAGGGGACAGAUCGCUUCGUGGUAGGCACGCGGUUUUCGCCUUCGACGCCGGAUGCGAAUGCGCUCUAUGCCGCCGUUAGCGGUAGCCUGGGAGGGCGGAACGUGGCGGCGUCGCCGUAUUCUGCGUCAUUUGGGAUAAAAGACCAAAUGACACUCGCGGAUAUCCGCAGGAAGGCACAGGAAGAUAAGGAGCACGGACGCGACGCUGCCCACCUCAAAAGAUACAGACACAUCUGUUACACUUCGGAGACGAGCGCAGUGCAGAUGAAUGAGCGGAAACUGAGCACGCUGUACUGCUCGGUGUGCGGUGCGCAUGCGCUUGUGACGGAGGAAGAUUUCCAGAGCCUUCCUCGACGAGGCUCAGACGACGCUGUCAUCUUGGAGUCCUUCAACAAACUCUACACCGUGCCCUCCGACCGCGUGCUUCUGCGAAGACCUGCGGGCUUGGAGGUUCAAUACAGAGUCGUGUGCCGCGACUGCGGCUUCCCCAUUGGCUAUCGGCCCGUGCCCUUCAAUGAGCCGACGCGCAUGGUCUACUUCUUCAAGGACGCACUCGUGCCUGAACAGUCUCAGGCUGGCGCUCUGCAGCGUCGCCAGCGCGUCGCGCCUCAGGCGGCCAGAUGA